UAUUGAACCAACUUCAUUAGGUACCAAGGAGGAAUAAUGACUGCAAUGUCAAAAGUGGUGGCCAAUUUUGAAGAAUCUGGCUAUGGGGCAAUAAUACAAACACCUUCCCUGCAUCCCGGGAUUUUCUCCGCCGUCAUGCCAUGGACCUCCGGCGCCGACAUCAAGACACGGAUGCGGAGGUUUUCACGAACGGCGGUUCUAUUCGCCCUGGCCAGAGACCGGACGACCUCCGGGAAAGUCGACUCUCCCUCCUCCAUAACCUACAAGAUCGAAGAAACGGAGAAAGAAACCCUCAGAAAUGGGCUCGAUAGGCUGCUGAGGAUUCUGGCGGCCGCCGGAGCCGAAGAGAUCGGAACCUGCCAUCGGGAGGGAAAGACACUGAAGGUGAACCGCGGCGGCGGAGGGAGAGAGGAGUUUGAGGCGUUUGUGGCGGCGGAGAGCUCUAGGGAUCUGGGAGAUCUAUCGACGCUGAUAGGUUCGGCGCAUCAGAUGGGGAGCUGCCGGAUGGGGGUGGAUCCGGGGAGUUCGGCGGUGGAUCCGACGGGGGAGAGUUGGGAGGCGGAGGGGCUUUUCGUGGCCGAUUCCAGCGUCUUCCCGACUGCGCUCGGGGUCAAUCCUAUGCUCACCGUCCAAGCCAUUGCAUACUGCACUGCAAAUCAUGUGCUUCAAGCUCUCGGAACAAGAUGAGAAUGGCGGCAGGUAGCUCAAUUGCUUCCAGAGUUACACAUUGGGUCUCAUUUUGAAUAAAAUGAUCGUUUUUAUACAUUUGUUCAUUAUAAUUAUACUUAAUUACUAGUUAAGAGUAAUUGAUUGUUCAUUUCACCUAUUCUUUAUUUCAGAUGUACAUUCUUCAAACACUUGAUAGAAUUUAGGAUGAGUAUGGACAAUUGGAUUGGGUAAUAAAAUAAUUGGGUUGAACCACAUUAAAAGAUUGAAUCCAAU